GCUGCCGUUUCAUCACCCCGAAAGUGCUUCCUCCCACCGUCGCUCAGCGAGGGAGGAGAAGGUCAUUUGCCCCUUUCACCUACUGGCAGACUUUCCUGUUCUGGACGGCAGCAGAAGCAGAGGUGCUGUAUCAUGUCCCGAUAGGACACCCCACUGUCCCAGUCAUCGGAAGGUAGCUGCUCCAAGGGCUCGAGUCAGCCACCUGAGGUGACUCCUCAGCUUUCUGCAGCAGCAGGGCAAAGGGGAAGAGGUGCCCUCAGCAUCUGACACCAGGCCGCUGCCCAGAGCAUUUGUAGGGAUGGAUUCCAAAGGCAACGUCCGAAGCGGAAACAAACCUGAUGCCAAGGCUCCCAGCUCCGGCAAGGCGGAAAAGCCCAAUCCUGGGCCUGCCACGAAUGCAGAUAAGAAAGAAACCCCUUCCAAAGAGCAAGCUGCACCGGCCACUGCUGCCUCUACCGCCAAGAAGGGUGGUGGUGAUGCUGCUGUCGUCAACAACCACAGCAACCUGAAGCCCAGUCCCGCCGCCACGGAGACACAAGAGGCCACCGGCCAGUCCCCUGACUCUGAUCACAAGGAAAACAGCAGCGAGGAGUCGCCAGGCAGCAUCUUUGACAACAUGAAGCCCCUGAUCAUCGCUGGAGGAGUGGCGGUGGCUGCACUUGCUGUGAUUGUGGGAGUGGCGUUCCUAGCCCGGAAAAAAUGAAGAUGGAGACAGGGUGGGGCCGAGACACCCAACCCGGUUGUACAGUUCCUUUUGAGACAAAUGCAUGCAGAAAAUUCUAUACAUAUCUAUAUAUAGCAAGCGAGCUAGCUAGGUCAACAACCAAUACCAACUGCAACUCCAAGAGUCUUGUCAAGGACAACUGUGCCAGUUUGACCCAGUGUGGGUAACUCCAUGCACUCCGUGUGUUCUUUCAUGUAAUAUAUCUUGGCUUCUACCACUGUGUAUAGAUUACAGCUUCUCCUGAUUGGUGUAAAUGAUGGUGUCCCCUCCCCUCCCCUGCUGUCCUCCCUGGGAGACACCCCCAUCUUUCUUGCAGUCCCCUGUUUUCAACUCCAAAGUGUUCUUCGUCCCAUCCAGAGUCCCCUGCUUUGUGUUUUGGUUUCCGUUCGGUUUGUUUUCGAGUUGGUCUGUGGUAAAGAAGAUGGAAGGGGAGACAGAGCCUAGCAGCAAAACCCUGUUCCCCCAUCACUGUGUGCUGGGCUGGUGCUCAGCCAGCACCUGCCCAGAGCAGGGAUAUCACCGGGCAUCACAGGAGAAAACAGGACAGAGGUCCUUGACCCCCAAGCAGCAACGUGGUCUCUAACAGAUGCCUUGCAACCUGCUGCUCAGCACCUCAACUGUAACCAACAAACACCACUUGAGUGCCCCAGAGAGAGCCCCAGCUGCCCUGAGCCUGCAGCAAGGUAGAGCCAAGGGAGCACCUCAGCAUGUCCCAAGAAGCCUUUUCUCCGGCCAAGCUGCCAGCUGGAGGCUGCACAAAGUGGGCUGCGCAGUGCCCGCCAGUGCAUGGAGACACCCAGCCAGGGGACAGGAGGCACUUUGCUUCGGAUCUAGUGUUGCCAGUUCGGUCUAGUGUUGAUCUAGGACGUGCUUUGCAGGACACUUGGACCUCAGUGCAGACUCCGAGACAGCCGGACUCUUCUUGCUUGUUGCCUGGGGCUUUGGAGCAGGCCGUUCAUCUGAAUAUUUUCCCACUAAGGGCUGCAGCCUCUCUGUACAUGAAGAGUUCRAGAAAAGAUGUGGGCAGAUAGGAUCUAGAACCCCGUAAGAAUAGUUUGGAUCCCAUGAGAUAUGUUUUACAUCAGGGAAGCCCUAUUCAAGAGCACUGAAAAUCUAUCUAUUGUAGAAGAAUCUCUUUCCUCUCUCCUAUGACUGUAGCAAGGAUGUGUGACUUUUCCAUGCUUUGAAGCUGGAAAUAAUUUUCCAGCGCUCAUGAAACGAUUGGUUUCAUUGAUGAGUAUCUCGGAUCUAAAGCCCGACUUUGUGAGGAGGAAGAGAAGGAAAGAGGAUGGCAAAAGGGAGAGGGUGUUUAAUACACUGGCUGAUGCCCUUCCUGAAACACCAAGAGCAGUGGGCAGGUCUCAUUAUUCUGAGGGUUUCCUUUAGGCUAUUUUGGCUUCUGUUCUGCUUUUAAAUAGGGUCGAUGCUUCUGUCAGAAGCACAGAAAACAAGUUCUUGGAACUCAAGAUGUAAGGGGUGUGAGUGACGCUCCGCAGACACUGCAGAAAGGGAGAUCAAAACAGACUAGUAACAGGGCCUACGUGAGAGGUGUUUAGCUGAGCCUGGAUAUAUAAAUUUGGUGGAUACCAGGCAAAAAGCAAAGGUGAACACUCCUAAGCCACUGCAGAUACCAGUGGGCAGGACAGUGGAUGUGUGUGGCCCAAUAUGGUAAUACUGCUCUUGGCUCAUGUCUUUCUUAUUUACUUCCAAAUUCAGUUUGCCGGGCACAUAGAGCCUCCCAAAAUACAAAGCCUUUGGCCACAGCUUGGUCAUUCCUGUGGUGACAUCUGUCAUCCACUUCUUUUUUUCCCAAGGCUCUAAGACUUUUCCCAAAGGUAUAUAGUCUUUGGGAGUAUCUGAUGCCGUCUUCAGAUGAACAACAGAUUCAACACAACUGAAGUUUUAGGUCUAUGUCUGCCUUCAUCAGUACAGAAUAAGGGGCAUGGGUAGGUUGGGUUCACACUCUUUUUUGACCAAGUGCUAGCAGCGACAGGUGAAAUCUUGGUAACUUCAAGCACUUUUUGCCUGUAUUAUGAAUGUAUAUUGUUUAGAGCCUGGAAAACUUCUUGUUAUUGAACUAGGGGUCCACAGCUGGGUGUUUCUAUAAUGCCAUUUUUGUCUAAAGAACUGAUUUUCCCUCAUCCUGUUUUGUUGAUGCUCAGAGGUUAUUUGGGAAGUGGAAGUGUGAACGAUAGAAAGGAGGUAUGAGAAGUGAUGGGAAAGUGGAGAUGUAAAAGAGAGAAGCUCCAAAACAGCCCUCAAGGGAAACCCAGGUACAUAAGGCAGAAGCAAAUAGCAGUACAGUCCGGCCAGAAACUCAGUUCCACAAGUGGGAGGCCUGUGCCCACUGGGGACAGCAAAAGGUACCCUCAGAGCCAGCUACCAGGGAGCCCUUCCUGGGCUCUCCUUCCCAUCCACCUCUGAACCACGAGGUUCUUGGCUCUAGCGGGUUUUCAGUUACAUUGCUCACAAAGGAAGAAAUCUGUCCGUCCCCAUUCUGUUCACGUUUUGCCAAUGCAGGGUUGGCAAACCUGCCAAUGCAGGUUUGCGAACAGCGACUUCUGUUUUGGAGAGUCAUGUCUCCACAAGAUGUUUCUAGCUGCCCUGCUUGCUCUCCCCAUCCUGGCUUCUUGAGUUUUCUAGCAGUGUGUGAYAACGUUACAGAUGUAGCAUCCAGGUACUCUGCACCGAGCAGGAUAUGGGCACCGAUAUGGGGAGAAAAAGAGAAAGUCUAGUGUUUUUAUAUCUUUGAUUUAAUCUUUGCUAACAGAAGAGGGAAAAACAGUUCUCAGCCAACAUGGGCCAUGACCUUAAAUUUCUGUUCACCUCUAAGCCCCUUCUUAGAGCAGCCAGAUGCAAGGCCAAUAAUCCCAUCUGAAAUUAUUCCUAUGAAAUUUCAAAUUAUCUGAAAACACCCCACAGUAACGGCCACAGGCUUGCAGCUCAGUAUCUGGGAACGUAACCCUAUGCUCAGUCUCCUUAGGCAGUGAACACAGUAUGUCCUGCCCCUAAGGGAUCUGUCAUUUACUGGAAUGAUUGAACAUUUUGGUCUGCUGUCCAGAGUACCUGGAGCCAAGUUUUUAGGUGAUUUGGAAAACACCUGUGUUUACUCUGUGUGUGUGUGUAUGUGUAUAUACACAACCCUGCCUUCAAGAUUAUUCUGAAUAUGUAUGUAUGGAUGCAUACAUACAGUACAUAUAUUUAUACCACUGCAGUCUGGGUAAAGCCACAUUCUUUGUAGGAAAAAAACAAAAAAAGGCAAAACAGACCUGGAUACGCCCAUUCAUUUGUCCCCCCGCAUUCACACAAAGUGUCCGUGAUGUCUUUUUUUGUGCCAUCCACUCCAUGCCAUGCAGCACCUCACUUCCUUUUCCCCUUUUCCAUUCUUUUUUCCCUUGAUCCUGGUUUCUUAUCGCGGCAAAGAAUGUACGGCUGGCAAGUGGUUGAAUGUACAACGUCCCCGCUGCACUAGAAGCUCAAAAUUACCCUUCCCUUCCCUCCACGGGCGCGUGGGCUGCUCUCUUGAAACCAGGCACUUCUUUUAGGCCUUGAUGAACUAUAUGGGACUGUGUUGUGGCGUUUUUCAAAGCGUGGGUCUAGCAGUGGCUGGAGUUAGAUAGAUGAAGCAUAGGUGCCAUAGGGGCUACUAUGCAUGCAGCUGGGCCAAGCCCUUCAGUCCCGAGCUGCCAGUGCCCCUCGUUUUUAGCAGACGCCUCCUGUUCCGCCUUGAAGUGCCAGGCUUUGCAGUGGCUUCAUUUUGAGACCAAAAGUCCAGCGAGAAGUAGGCUGAGGAGAGCAAAUUCCUCUCUCUCAGCACCAGAGUGAGAAGGAAGGCUUAAAUGAUUGAACUCGCUGUGCUAAAUAAAUAGUUGUCUUUUCCUCGUAUUGAGCACACGCCGUUAUUUGCUUGGUGUUAUUCUUUGUGUGGUGUUUGUGAUAUGAAGUCCUUUUAGUAAUAUCUCCACUUGUAGAAUGAGCUAUUGCUUAAAUCCGGUACAAUCCUGCGCUUGGGAUUUGAAGAGAUCUAGAUUGCUAGUUUACUCUUUUGAUAAAGUUUUUAAUUAGAUAUUUUACCAAAAAGAAAAAAAAAAGAAGAAGAUUUCACAGACAUUGCAGCUUAUCACUGAAACUAUAGGUUCGAUUAUGGUGCCUGAUGUCAAGUUAUUUUUAAGGAGCCCUAAGUUUUAGUCUAACACAAAGAUGUUGUUACAGUCCCUUGGGCAACUUUGUAGAAGGUUUUCUAAGCUUCUAACUUUAAGAAAACUGGAACAGAUAUGGUUCUGCCUCUUCUUUCUACUGAUUUAACAGGCUAUGGCUAAGUCCUCUUACUCUUAACAGUUCUGCAGAAGGAGAGAGACUAACCUGGAAGCCAAAGGAUAAAACUAAAGGCAUUUUGAAGAUGGUAAGAAUGCAUUUUGGCAGGUGCUGAUCACCCCUCGGGCUCCAAUUUAACAGAGGCCUGAAUAUUUGCUUGCUGUUAAGCACUUUUUAGCUUCAGUGAGGGAAAAUGUAUUUAUGGCUUUGUUGAGGCAAGGCUUUAGGGAUGGAAAACAAGGGGAAUUUUCCCCCUGGUUUCAAUAUAUCAUGAUCAGGCCUUGAGAUCUUAUUGGCACCAGGGAUAUGAUUGCAGGUCAUUAUAGAAAAUAAAGCCAUUUCAGCGGCAGGUUCUUUAGCUGACACAAGUAUUUCUUAGCCUUUCUGCUGAGUGAAGUCUUCUCUAAGCAGCCAUGCUCAUAGUCACGCUUAUACCUACAUUAAUAUUUGUGUUUAAAUAACGAUGUAAGUAAAAAACCUAGAGUUUGUGAGAGGAAAAGAUUCCUGCCUUAAAAAAAUUGCCUUCCUUUUUGAGAAAUGCCAUUGGGGUUUAGAGCAAUGAACAUUUCUAUGAACUAUUCGAACGGGUCAAGAGUAAUCCUGGAGAUUUGAGGGAAAAUGUGUCCUUCAAUAAAUAAAUGAAAAAACAAAAAGUGAAAUUCCAAGAAUUUGAUUCAGCUCAGCAGCUGACUCAGUGCUUCAAUUCAAUGCUUCUGAGAGCAUAUGAAAAUGGUGCAAAGAAAUGCAGAAAAAAAUACAGAGCAUUAUUAUCUUAACAACUUUGCUGGGUUCAGCAAAUUUUGCUAAUUUGCACAUACAUUUUUACAGCCUACCCACUUCUAUUUUUCUCAAAGGGAAAAGCAAAAAUGACUGGUUCCUUUCAAGCCUUACAAUUAAACUUUACUAACUGCUUUUUCCAAGUGCAUUUCUGUUAGCGCUUUUCAAUACUAAAGGCUUUACGGAACAGAAAACCACCUUAGAAGUUAGGCACUUCCUCCUAUAAAGGUGGUUGACUUUGCCAUAAAUAAUGAAAAGUCUGAGAACUUAACUGCUAAGUUUGAUACAGUUCUGAGGCCCAGAAUCAGGAUGUUUCCCAAAAUUUACACCAGAAGAAUUUGGUCCUUUAGUCUUUUACAGAGCAUUUACUGAUGGUGAAAGGCUGAUCUGCACUGGCUGCACAUUCUACAACUGGUCCUAAAACUGUUGCUCCUUUGGCAACGAUUGUGCUGUGGUCACAGCAAUCUCCAGAGCCAGGGUGUGUAGUUCCACUCAGUUUCUAUAGUUUCUACUGAAAUUAUGCUCUGUGGAUUACAAAGAAGCCAAAGAAGACAACGUGAACACAAUCUGCCUCAUACUGUGCAUUAAAUAUUGCUGCUCUCUUUGCUGUUCGUAAUCGUCCCUAAGCACUUGUCUUGCAAUGGCUCUUUUUUCUCAUUCUUUUCCAAAUCUCUUCUGUCUCUGUUUGGGUGGCAAUUCAGUUCACUCCURAAGUUCAUCUCUUUGAAAUAUUAUUUGAUUUAAUGGGAAGGUUUUUUUUUUCAGCUGCAUUAAGAGCAAGGAGCACAAAGAGCUCAAGGAGAACAUGUGGCAAAAUGAGAAGGUUUUUCAUCUAGGUUCAUCACACCGAAUGUAGCUGUACAGCACRGUUGCUCUCCUUGAGUUGGGUCAUAAUAUAUUGAUAUCUUGAGUUAGGUUGUGAUAUUUCACCAGUGCGGGUGAUGAUGACAGGUACUACUAAUUGUACUUCAAUGUAGCUGAGAGAUACUGGCUUGGAACAUGCUCUCUGUGCCACUCAGUUCGACUUGGCUGAACCAGUUCCAGUGAUGUUUUUCUUAAUCUUUUAUUGCAUCUUUCUGUAGAUAGCUCCGAUCCCGUUGCCUUGGUGGACUGGCAAUGGAAAUUUUAAUCCAGCACUUUCCUCCCUUCAGCCAGGGCUUCUGUGACAAAGACUUUUCCCUCUUCUGUUUUAGAUCAACAGUUCAGCCCUGUGAGCAAUUUCACUUUCUCUGCCCAAAUUCCUAGCCUGUUUGCCCAUACUAGGUUCUCAACCAGCAGAAGGUACCUUGCUCCCUGAUUUCUGAAGACCUGUUUGCUUCCUCGCUUUGCUUACACUUUCCUCCUUCAGCUACUGAACUGUAUUCCCCUUUCUUUCCUUAUCUUUUUUUCCAAAGGCAGUUUUGCCAAUGUGGCCAGGCAGAAGCUCUACCACAAUGUGGGGUCAUCCCAUCCGAAAGAUAUAGGAAAUAUUCAGCUGCAGAAGAUCUCAGGAGAAUGAGAGACUGUGCUGUACAUGCACACGUGUGAUUUUCAUCUUCUCCAAAUGCUGAAACUCUUGAGUUAGUUUAGGUGCCAAAGACUGCAAGAUGCUGAGUGCUCUCUUGGGCCACAGACGCUCAGCACCAGUGCUCUGAACUUGUUGCUGGCAGCUCUUUCUUGGGGCUGCUUUUCCAGGACAGUGAAGCACUGCAAGGGCACAAACCCUGCUCAAGAUCACAGCUCUGUCAAGAUUGGGCUGCCUGUCAGUAGGGAGCCAGGCUGCUCAAGAAAUGCUGAUGCAGUACUGGACUACACAUGGCUAAAGCUAGUGCCUCUUUGGUCUUCAUGUUAUUGAAGCAGCAAGCACAGAGGCACAGAAAAAAGGUCCUCAAAUGGUUGGGGGCUUCCUUGGAGCUGAAAUCAAUGACUGGCAUUUCGGUGGGCCCUAGGACCUGCUUAUGUGCACGGAACAUGCUGCAGCUCUCAGUCCCCUCUAGCUGCAGGACCAAGGGCAUGGAAGAUGCAAGGACCAUCCCCUUUGCCUAGGCAGCUCGAGCGUUGCUGUUCUGUACAGUAAAACAAUGGAAAUCCAUGUCUCAUUCAACUAACCUUGCUGAUAAGUUGAUUGUCAAAGCUUGCAGGUGAUGUGACAGGUCAUAGCUAUGGAUUUUCCAAAUAACACGGGCUGGGCUCURCUUUGCUGUUUUGCAAAGUGCUUGCUUUAUUCACGUACCCUGCGAGUCAUUUUCUCUGCUCUUUGAUGCUAUGCCCUUCUGACCAAAUAGAUCUGGUUUUGCUCAAAAAAUAUAAAACAGAUUUAAUAGGAUUUGGUGAAACAGAUUUUUUAUAUGUUUCUCUUGUUCCCAUUCUUCUUUAGUUUCCAUUCUCCUUUGGUUUCUUAUAAUGCAAAGCCCCAGACCCAAGAUCAGAAGUGUCAAUCCCAAGAUUAGAAGCUCUUGGUUGCUCCUGUCCAAAAAUCUCAUCAAGAAGAGAGGAAUAUUCAGUUAUCUUUGCAACAGCAGAGACCUGCAUCAUAUCCCUAAUUUUGACAUAGGAGUUUCAAGCAGUCUUAAUUCCUGGGGCAAUCUGAUAAGAAGGACAAUGUCACACUAAUUUCCCAUGUUAAAAACCAAAAACAACAAGCAAAUCAUGUGGCUUUCUUAGUUUUUGAGCAGCCUUGGUUAAUCUUUGCACCUUUUCCCAAGACACAUGUGAGACCUCUUUCAAUUGGCAACUUUUAAAGGUGCAAUCUCAACUCUCAAGUAAAAAUCCGCUCUUCUUGUGGUAGGUGCAGGUUGUUUACAAGCUUGUGGAGAAAGCAAAAUUGUAGAAAAGCAACUUGAAGGUCAGAUUACAGGGGAUUUUUUUUUCCCCUUGUUUUGCUUUGAUUCUAUUACUUUUCCAGGGACUGAUCCAAAGCCCUGCCUGAUGUCAUGUUUGAAGCCACAGGCUUCUUCUUCCCUGGUAUCAGUGGGUGUUGAAUCAGCCCUUGAACGUGUUUUCCAAUUACCAGURUUCCCGAGUGACACCUUGAUUUCUUCCCUGUAGGAACAGACCUGCUUGUCACUUACACGUAUUUACCUGUGUUCAACAUACAGGUUCGUUUUUUUAAUAUUUUCAAAAGCAAUAUGCUGCUAGAUACAUUUCCUGGAGGGAAAUG